AUCAGAUACCGACAGGGGGGAAAUCUAGCAAACGAGCGAAUUGUCUUUCGAAUUUUGAAAUCAAUGGAAUUUUCAAGGUACAAUUCAUCUCAUUCCACGGCGCCGUCGGCGCCGGAGUUGCCUCCAGAGUCCUACGGCCACCAACAGCACCAGCCUCCGCCUCCGCAGCAGCUGAACCAAUACCAAAGCUACUACGGAAUCCCUCCUCCGGAGCCGGUGCCACCUCGUCCGUCGCUAAGUUAUGGGCAGAGCGGUGGGUUUCCGGCAGGAACACAGCCAGAUGUCGUGAGGGCGUUUCAAAUGGUGGAUAAGGAUAGAAGUGGAUUCAUCGAUGAACACGAGUUGCAGCAGGCGCUAUCCUCGGGUUACCAGAGGUUUAAUCUUAGGACUAUAAGGUUGCUCAUGUUCUUGUUCAAGAAUCCUUAUGAUUCCCACAGAAUUGGGCCUGUGGAGUUUGCUGCACUCUGGAGCUGCCUUGGUCAUUGGCGGGCGAUAUUCGACAGAUUUGAUAAAGAUAGAAGUGGGAGAAUUGAUUCAAUGGAACUAAGGGAUGCUCUGUACAGCCUUGGAUAUACAGUUCCACCUCCUGUUUUUCAAGUUCUAAUUUCCAAGUACGAUAACGGAAGUGGAAAGGUAGAACUCGAUUUUGACAGCUUUGUCGAAUGUGGGAUGAUUGUUAAGGGUUUGACAAACAAAUUCAAGGAAAAGGAUAAAGGAUAUACAGGCUCGGCGACGCUUUCGUAUGAUUCAUUUCUGUGCAUGGUAAUUCCAUUUCUUGUUUCAUAUGAUUGACGCCUUUGUAUUUCAACCUAGAUAUCAAAUAAUCACCUUGUUUUUUUUAUGACUUUGGCUUGAUCAAAUCCUAUCUUACAUUGUAACUUCUGGUAAAUUUUCUGUAAAACGUUAGCAUUGUUAUUAGCAUUUAAUAUAAAGGAGGUUGUGAUUCUGUUCAAGGAAAA